AUGUCCGCCAAUUUCGGACGCCGGCUAUACGCCCAUAUUUGGGAAUCGGCACAUCCAUUCCUCGGCCGCAUACGACCGAAUCGCGUGCCCGGUCCCGAUGCCUCGUCGAGAACUGCCUUUGACUCGAUUUUCGCCCAUAAACGCUUAUCAGCACCACCCGGAAAGCCCACCCAGCUCACGCGGCGAUUUGCUUCUGGCGGCUUUCUCGUCCUCGUGUCGUCGAGCUCGACAGCGGCCGAAACUAGCGCCGCUUGCAUUAUCCCAUCAAAAAAGUUGACCUCGCAGUAUAUCUGGAAGCGAGCUUUGCAUACUCCGAAUGACCGUUUACGCGAAGGAGCCUCUUCUAAUGGCUCCAAAUCUCCUGUUAAAGAUGACGAACAUACACAAAAAGUCCAAAUGACUGACGACCUCCCCCCUCAAUCCUCUCACUCAAACGCCUCGCAAGAUUCGCCCCCCUCUACGUCUUCAACUACACCUCCUCAUCGCCACCAUUUAAUGGAUCGUUUGCCGCACAUGCCCCAUUUACACCGACCAACGAAAGAAGAGCUACUGGCUGCAGCAACGGGAUUUUGGUCGCGCCUCAAGGUGCGAUUCAAGUGGUUUUCUAUCCGAAGUGUCCGGCCUUUCAAUUUAGAUGAGAUUACGGCGCUUUUCUCAUGGGUUCUUCUCGGUCAUGUGGUUUGGAUCGUGGUUGGAACUACCACAUUCUUUUCACUUCUCAUCCUUGCUAUCAAUACAGUCUUUGCGCAAGAAACACUCGCCGGGUGGGUGGGCAACUACCUGACCAAGUCAUCUGGGAUAAAGGUUGUCUUUGAAUCUGCCAUCGUUCCUACAUGGAGAGGCGGUGUGAUUACCUUUAAAAAUGUGUUUGUGUCAAGACGGCCUGGGCAAGGCACUGGAUAUGUUAGCAAAGGUUCCCCCACGACGGCCGCAGCAGCCGCAGCAGCCCGCGAACACGGGUCCGAGGAUCCUUCGGCAGUACCCGACGAAGAAGAAGAAGAAGAAGAAGAAGAAGAAGAAGAAGAAGAAGAAGAUACGAACUACACCCAAUUUGACCUGUCCAUCGAAACCGUCAACGUGACAUUGUCAUUUACGAAAUGGCUCAACGGAAAGGGCCCCCUCCGGGAUGUCGAGGUCAAGGGCAUUCGGGGUGUAGUCGAUCGCCGCCAGGUUUGGUGGCCAGAUGAAGAUCUAGACCCUUUGUCUUAUCGCCACGAACAUAACCCCGGAGAUUUCGAGAUUGAUUCAUUCAAGAUGCACGAUGUGCUCGUUUCAAUAUACCAGCCUGAUAACUUUAGACCUUUCUCCGUCAGCAUCUUCUCAUGCGACCUCCCUCAGCUCCGAAAGCAGUGGCUCUUCUAUGAUUUCCUCUCCGCCAACAUGAUGUCCGGGUCAUUUGACAAUUCGCUCUUCACAAUUCACCCUCGCCAAACUCACGGUUUUACCGGAGCUCGCCUGGAGGAUGGUAUGGAAGAUGGCAAACCCAGCCCAUGGAAGAAACACAAUCGUAUCCGGGUCGACGGAUUGAAUAUCGACCAUCUCAACCGUGGUGUCCAGGGUCCAUUCUCAUGGAUCCACGAAGGAACCGUGGAUAUUGUUGCCGACAUUAUGCUCCCGGCUGAAAACGAUGAGAGCAUUGCCAAGGUAAUGGCAGACUUUUACGACCGACUAGAGGCCACCGUCACCUCCAACCAAUACUCAGAGACCUUGUCUCAGCGAUCUCAAAAAGACUCAGAGUCGUUGUCCGAGGCCGACAAGCGCUUCAUUGCAAUGGACCUGCGGGUUCAUCUCAACAAUGUCCGCGCCGUGGUUCCAAUAUUCACUCGAGACCUCUCCUACAUCAACAACGCUCUUAUUCGACCCAUUGUUGCUUACAUUAACUCCAAACGCACGUUUAUCCCGAUCAACUGUCGUCUUGUCAAACGUGCCAGUGACUUUGAUGGAAGCUGGACUAUCUUCGACAGUGGCUUGAUGGACGAUCUGUCAGCUGCGACCUACGAUGCGUUUGCGCGAGACGUCGUAGACGAUGAAGCCCGUAAGCGGCGUUUCAAGAAGGUCGGGUUUUGGUCCCUUCAACUGGCUGCCCAGGCCAUCUUCAUAGGCAUGGCUGGCAACAUCGCAUGA